ACAACUUCCUGCAAAGCACAAGUCCAUCCAUCAAACUUUCCCAUCUUGAUUCACCGGCCCAACCAAUUCCAAACAAACGGACAUCACUAAGUCAUACAUACUCUAUCAAAAUGAAGGCUACGUUCGUACUUGCCGCUCUCGCUGUCGCCGUUGCUGGCCAGACCACUGCUGAUAUCCCUUCCUGUGCUCUGCAAUGUCUCGCCACUUCCAUCACAGGCGCCGGCUGCUCUGUUGAAGACCAGGCCUGCAGCUGUGAGAAGACGGAUGCCAUCACCACCACUGCCACACCUUGUGUGCUUGCCGCAUGCUCUAUCGAUGAUGCCCUUAAGACCCAGCAAGUCACCCAGGCCAUCUGCGCCAACCUGUCCAACGGUGGUGGCCAGUCCUCCGCCGCGCCCUCUGCCCCAGCUUCAUCCGAAGCACCAGCACCAUCCGAGGCACCAUCGUCAGAGGAAACACCUGCACCCACUCCUACUCCUACGCCUACCCCCACUGGAUCUGAUGAGGAGCCCACUCCCACUUCGACUCCACCAACUUACACCGGUGCGGCUGCUCGCUACGGCGCAAACAUCGCUGCCGGUGUCCUGGCUGUCGGUGCCGCUAUGCUGUAGAUGAAGGUUUUAGAAGCUGCUCGUUGAUCGGGGAUGGCUUAUACGAUGUAAUACGACCAUAUCGCAGGAA